GGCUUCCAAGGUCAUUAAAGAGCAUCUCUAUGUAGAUGAUUUAAUAUCCGGGGCUAACACCAUCGACGAAGCUCGAGCCAUCCGUGAUGAAGUGAUCGCGUUGCUCGCCCAGGGUGGUUUUGCUAUUAGGCAAUGGGCUUCCAAUGAAAAGCACGUCAUCGGUGAUCUUGCUCCUAGCGCGCUACACGCGGGACUUACGUUCGAUGGGGAUCACUCCUUGAAAACUCUGGGAGUGAUGUGGUGUGCGCGAGACGAUGAGAUACGCUAUUCUGUUCGAUCGGUUGAAAUCACCAAACAGUUAACGAAACGACGUAUAUUGUCGGAAAUCGCGAAGAUCUACGAUCCGCUGGGACUGUUAGGCCCUGUUGUUUUUUACGCUAAAAAAUUAAUGCAGGACGUGUGGCGAUGUCAACUUGAUUGGGAUGAAUCCGUUCCACAGAGCGUACACACAGCGUGGUUAGAGUUCGUUCAGCAGCUUGAAACAAUAGACCAAAUCUCUUUUAAUCGUAAAUUAUUCAAUGAAGAUUGCGGAGAUAUUCAGUUCCACGGAUUCUGCGAUGCCAGUGGUAGCGGAUACGGUGCAUGCAUUUACGUGCGCUCCACAGGGAAGAGCCGGAACACGGUUAGAUUGUUAUGCGCUAAGUCUCGGGUUGCGCCGUUAAAAGAACUUACUAUCCCGCGUCUCGAACUUUGCGGCGCGUUGUUGUUGGCUCGCUUAUAUCGGGAAGUGGACGGCAUAUUGAAUAUCGGGACUAGCAGAAUGAGUUUCUGGUGCGACUCCACAGUCGUGUUGCAUUGGUUAAAGACGCCACCCCAUCUGCUCAACAUCUUCGUGGCAAAUCGCGUCGCGGAAAUUCAGGAAUCCACAAAUCUAACUAAAUGGCGACAUGUCAGAUCGCAAGACAACCCCGCUGAUGCGAUAUCUAGAGGUCAAUUAGCGCACGCGUUUAUACGAAAUCGAACUUGGUUUACAGGACCAUCUUGGUUAAGCGAAGGCGAAAACGAAUGGCCUGACGUGUUCGUGCAAAUUAACGAAGCAACCGUUACGCGGACGAACGAGGUUCCUGAGCUGAGAAAGAAUGUUUGUUUGUUAAUAUCCAAUGAGCCCGAAAUAAUUGAAAAAUUUUCCUCGUAUUCUAAACUCUUAAGAGUCGUGGCAUAUUGUCUGCGCGUUCGCCCGGCCAACAUGCGCAAGGGGUCAUUGUGCUCAGAGGAAAUAGACGAGGCUGAAAAACGGAUAUUAAAAAUCAUUCAGAAUACUCGAUUUUCCGCCGAAAUUAAAAUCUUGCGAGAUAAAAAUUCUACGAUCAGAGGCAAAUUAGCUAAUCUGAGUCCGUUCAUAGACGAUCACG